AUGGGAGUUUUGGCUGAGAUGUGGGUUAAGAUGCGUGAUAAGGUCGAGUCAGGAAAUUUUCAGACUGAUUCUUCCCUCCAUGACCCACGCUAUGAAAGUUUAUUGCAGCAGUUCUUACCUUCUCAACAACAAGGUAGUACAUCUAAUCAAAGCCCGGGGACGUCGUCGAUGCCACAGAAACCACAACAAAAUUCUCCAAACAUAUCUGGUGGUUCCUCUCAGUCGCCAUUUUUUAAUUAUAUGUUUGGACUUUCUUCCCAGUUUCCUCAGACACAACCUAUGGGAAGUCAGUUUGGAGGAUUACCGCAGCAGCAGCAACAACAACAACAACCUAUGUAUGGUCAAUUUGGGUCGUUCAUGCAGCAGCAGCCAGUAUAUCCUCAUUAUGGAGGAUCGACACAGCAGCCCGUUUAUAAUCAGCAGUACUACACUUCUCCAAAUCAACAACAACAGCAGUCUCCUUUGAUUCGCCCACAACCUCGGCCAUAUUAUCCUUCGCCGCCAGCACCAUAG